AUUUCCGCAAUAACAUAUGCUCCUUAAGUGUAUAGGAUGCUUUCUGGCCGAUGUUACUCUCUACCCAGCUAAUUGGAAUUCCCUCUUGCCAACUUGCCCAUAGACAAGCCUUACGACGGCGAUGAUUUACUAUGAGAACAACUUAGACAAAUAUAAGUUAUAGCGAAUGGUUCAGCAGAGGGAUCCUUUGGUUGAGGCGGUGCUUCGACUUGGAAAAGCGACAGACUUUCGGCAGCCAGGAGAGGGCGGGGCAGCAGCAACCAGAGCUCAAGUUACGCGUCAUCUUCGUCCGCAAAAUAGAGAGGCUGUAAACACCCUAGUCUCCGUCUUCCAUGGUGCCGAGGAUGCGCAGCGAGUCCGGGCCGCUGCAGCGAGAGCACGAGAAACAGGCGCGAGGACACCUGCAGACAUCGCACGCUUUCACAGAAUUCAAGCAGCAACACGCCUCCUUGAAGCUCGAAAGGCGAGGUUGCGAGAGCAGGACCUGGCGCAAGACCAGCUUGCGUCGCAGAUAAAGUUGCAGCUGAGUACCUCGUUGGAGGAGCAGGCGAAACUGGCCCGCAUACAGCAGGAGCACCAGCAGCAAAAGGAGCGGGCCGCCUACUUGGUCCAGCUGGAUCGCGGGCGGCGGCUGCGGCCUACCCUGGAGGGCCUCACGCAGCACCAGCGGCAGCAAAUCCAGGCAGUGCGGUCUCGCAUGUCGGGCGAUGCAGACAUGUCAACCGACGCCGCUACCAUGGAGCGUCUGGGGCACCUGUGUGGGCAGGUGCAGCAGGAGCUGUGGAUGCAGCUCAACGCAGCCAGCAUGGCAGCAGCAUCAGCCGCAACCAUGCCCAGCGCGCUUAUGCUUACCAACGGCGGCGACAUGGGCUCCGACCCCUUUGGCAACGCCAUUUGUGAGCCGCUGGGCUGCCCCGGCGCCCACUCGCAAGCCGACCUGGAGCCGCAUCUGCACCUCCCCCGCGGCAGCCAGCUGCAGCGGCAGGUUGCGGGGCUGCUGCUGCUGCCGCCGCACCAGCUAGCGGCCGCGGUGUGCCAGCUGGCGAAGAUAUCGCGCAACGGCUUGUCGGUGCUGCUGGGCGGUUGGGACCUGCUGGCGGACGCGCGGCGGCGCUGCCAGGCGCUCGGAGCGGCGGUGGACCCGCUGUACGACAUCCGCAAGAUGCAGCAGGCGCAAGUAGACGGCGCGCUGGAGCUGCGGCGGCUUGAGUCGCAGGUCCGCGCCGCUAAGGCCUGGCUGCUGGAGCUAGCCAUGCAGCCCGCAGUCAAGCAGGCGCUCAGCAGGCCGCUGGUGCAGGCAAGGGUAGAGGUGGAGGGCCGCCGGGUGGCCCUGGCUGCUGCCCGCGCCUCACUGGAGGGGCUGCGGCGCGGUGCGGUGGCGCAAGGGGAGCUGGUGGAGGAGGUGGGGCGGCUGGAGGCGGCGGCAUUCGAGCUGGAGCACGAGGAGCGGCGACUGGAGGGCCUUGUGAGCUUGUUGUCGAACGCUCUGGGCCGGGUGCUCACAGAGUGGCAGCAGCAAUACACCAUAAACCAGGAAUUCGUGCAGCGCAUGUUGCCCAAGUCCUACGGCGAGCUCAUCGAGCUAGCUGGUCGCAGCACCGACCGCCUCUCCCGCUGCGUGGCGGAGCUCAUGCGCGUCCCGGCUGAGCUGCUACCCGUGCUGGCGGAGCAGCGGCGCAUGCAGCGGCUGGAGGGCACCGGGGCGGCGGGCGGAGGAGGAAGCGGUACGGGAGAUGGGAGCGGCAGCACUCUGGGCGCACGAGGCAGUGGCCUUAUGUACGGUCUGCAAUCCCCCACGUCGUUGCCGCUCGUCGAGCGGUUGCGGCUCGCGCUGCCGUACGUGGGCCCCCAACGGUCAGCCGCCAUGCUGCGCGCCUCCGCCGCCAGCGGCGCCAGCGCCUACCUCGGCGUGGCGUCGACCCAUGGGUCACUGCUCCUCCGAAGCUCAGCUGCCAGCACAUCCAGUAGCCAGGGCGCUGGCGCCGUUAGCAGCAGCCUGGGCGACGGCAGUAGCAGCGGUCUGCUCGGCCUGAACAUGAGCAUGGGCAGCGGCGGCGUCAGCAGCAGCAGCUGCGGCCUCGGGGCCUGGCCUCACCUCUCUAGCGUUACCUCUGGCUCUGUCACCCUGAGCACAGUGGCAGGGUCCUGGUCUUCGUCAGGACCGGGACAGUCCUUGGGAGCAGGGGCUCCUGGGUCUGCUGGCCCGCUUGGUGGGGGUUCUGGAGGCAGCGGCUCAUGGCUAUUGUCAGGGAGCGCGGGGAUGGGAGCCAUGUCGGCACCGGCGGUGGCGUGGGCCCCGGGUCCGGCUGCCUUGGGGCUACCGACGCUUUGCUACUGGGUUGCAGCAGCGGCGGCUUUGGACCCACUGUCGCCGCUGCGAUGCCCGGCGGCGCUGCUGUGGGAGCUGCAUGAGCGCUUCCGCAGCCAUGAGCAGGCCGCUAGGUGGUUGGCAGCGGCGGAGGCCCAACUAAGGACUCGCCAACGCGAGCUAGCAGCGCUGCGUCCCGCCAACGCCGCCCUACGGGAGCGGCUGGAGGCCAAGCGGCAGGCCGACACCACGGAGCGGCUGGCCAAGCUGGCCCGAUCGCGACGGGAGAUGCUGAAGUCCGUGGAGGUCUGCGAGCCGCGUGUACGGAGAGCCAUGCGGGAGAUGGAGGAGCUCGGAGCGGUGCGACUGGUGCCCUGGCGCAGAGUAAACGGUCUGACCGCUGCGGAGAUCCUGGAGGAGAUCCGGUCCAUCUUCGCGCGCAUCAACCAACUGCAGCAGCAACCACUGCAACACCAGCAGAAGCAGCACGACAGGGGCUUUGGCGGCCUGAUGCCGCCGCCUGCAUGGCCGGGGUUCUGAGCAAAGGCAGGGGGAGGCGGAGAGAGGGAGGCACGCAGAAGGUUUCUGGCGGGCCCACGCCUCAUGCGUCAUGCGGGUUCCUGGGCUCCGGCUGUGGCGUUGACCUUGGUGAUGAUGACCACAUGCGAGGCCUUGGCAAGUUGGCAAGGAGACAUUGCAUGGGCUGUACCGUGGGGUUGCAUUCGUGAACCAGUAACGUGGGCUGAAUCUUCCUGGGCUGAAUGGACGAUGUACGUUUUGGAGGGUAGGCGUGCUGUACGUUCCCCGAACGUACGUACCCCGAACAGACUUGCAAGGGAAGGGCGGUGCCGUGGUACGGCACUGUGUAGGGGCAUGCACACGAAAAGUACCGGUAUGGGGGCUCCUGAGCGUGUGACAGCAUCAAGCUUUGUGUGCUACCAGUCGUGUUACCGGUUACUAGGGGCUGUGAUUGAUGGUGCCGAAUAGGAACUCGGGCCGUUUGGGUUAAGUGUACUUUUGACUUGUGUAAGCAUGUUAGGACGAUCAGUGCGAUCAGUGUCGUGAUUAGGACUGCGCGUUCUGUCAGAUCUGUUAUGACGCUAUGGGCGGAGACUAUACUCGCUUUCGCUGGCAGGUUGUGACUUUGGCUGCUGUGGCGUGCACCUGUACGUGCUGUUGUUAUGCAUGUCUACAAGCCAACGUUAUGAGGUGGAUGAAGGGGGCCGGGCAGGGCUGGUUUGGGGCUAUGCUGGAGGACUCGAGUACGGAGGGGAUUGCCAUCCUUAUUAAUCCAUGCUUGAAUGAGACCAUGAACGGGGUUGACCCGCAUAACGUGCAUGAUACGAGAGGGUUAAUGGGACACAGCGCGCCGGCAUCCGCUUCCCUUGGGCCGGAAUUCCGUACGGAAAUCACGACAUGAGACUACCGUACGAUACAUACCAUACCUCCUGUAACACUCCCCUGUGCCGAUCCAGGAGCCGCAUUGGAUAACGGGCCCCACAGCGCUGGUGAGUAAUACCAAAACACAGGA